UGGCGUGGUGCCGGGAAAUUCAGUCGGCCGGCCACAUGUGAAGCGAACGGCUGCUGAUAGCACUCGUGGCGGGAUGACUUAGACGGGGCAGUUCUUUACCCCAGGAUGCACGCCAAUGUGAUUGUAGUGUGCUUUCUGUUCACUACAUGGAUAAAUGGUGUUACAGCAGAAGAAGAUGAGAGAGCGUUGUAUCCAAUUGUUGCCAAUGUUGCAAGAAAGGCCACAGUAACAGUGAAUGCCACCUGUGGGGAAAUCCAGCCAGAAUAUUACUGUCGGCUGAUGCAGGGCGAGUUCUUCAACCCGUGGGAGAGUCAGUUCUGUUUUGUCUGUGAUGCUCGCUCACCUGAACCCAGUAAGAAACAUCCAAUUGAGAACGUGAUUGAUGGCGGGGAGGCAUUUUGGCAAAGCCCAAGUCUAGCUCAUGGCAUGAAAUAUGACUAUGUUACCAUUACUCUGGACCUCAAGCAGAUUUACCAGGUAUCCUAUGUGAAUGUGGAGGUUGGCUUAUCUCCACGACCAGGAAACUGGAUCCUGGAGAAGUCGCUAGAUGGCAGCACCUUUGUCCCAUGGCAAUACUUCGCCAUAUCUGACCCAGACUGCUGGCUGAACUAUGGCACACCACCAAUGAUUGGUCGACCCAAACACCUGCGAGACAACCAAGUCAUCUGUACCUCACACUUCUCCAGGAUUGACCCUCUCCAAAAUGGAACAGUUUUUGUGUCGCUCAUGAGAGGACGAACAUCUUCCUUCAGUCCUAGUCAAACUUUGAUAAAUUUUAUUUCUGCUCGCUACGUCCGACUGAGAUUCCAGAAGCUUCAGAAGUUGAAUAAUGAUGAGAUAAUCCUGAUGAUGAACAGGCCAGAUGAUGUAGAUGGCGCCAUUUUGAGGCGGUAUUUCUACACGGUGAAGGAGAUAGCGGUAGGAGCCCAGUGUCAAUGUCAUGGACACGCCAGCAGAUGCAGUGAGGAUGCCAUCUCAGGGGAGCCAUUGUGCGAGUGUGAACAUAAUACAUGUGGCACGACCUGUGAAAUGUGCUGUCCAAAGUAUAACCAGAAACCAUGGCAACCAGCCUCACUCGAUAAACAAUUUAUCUGUGAAGAGUGCAACUGUAAUGGCCAUUCUGUGGAGUGUGUUUAUAAUGAGACUGUGGCAGAGGACAGGCUAAGUUAUAACAUGAACAAUUUCAGACGAGGUGGAGGAGUCUGUGUUAACUGUAGGGACAAUACAGAGGGUAUAAACUGUGAGCGCUGUGUACGUGGGUAUUAUCGCCCCCAGGGGUCCUCAGUGUCCGCACCGUGUCGUCGCUGUCAGUGUCACCAGACGGGCUCCACAGGAGAAUGUGUGCAGGAUGACAGCCACAUUCAGGAAGGAAUGUAUCCGGGUGACUGUGUCUGCCACAAGGAGUAUGCGGGCACCCGAUGUGAUCGCUGUGCUCCAGGGUACCGGGACUACCCCUGGUGCCAGCGCUGCCCGUGUAACCCAGCGGGAAGCCAGAACAGUGACAUCUGUGAGAAAUGUCUCUGUAAGGCCAAUGUAGAAGGACAGAACUGUGACAGAUGUCUAACUGGUCACUUUCACCUGAGCGCUGACAACCCUGACGGCUGUAGUCCCUGCUUCUGUUUUGGAGUGACGUCACAGUGUGACAGUGUGACCUGGGGAAAGGCCAUGGUGAAUGACAUGAAUGAUUGGAUAGUUCAAGUGGAUGUACUACCCAAUUACCAUGGUUAUGCUCCAUUAGAGGAUGGUGAUUGGCUGGUUUAUGAGGGCCCAGGUGUGGAGGGCAUUGAGGAAGACCCUCUGUACUGGGCUGCUCCCACAGGUUACCGUGGUGACAAGCUGUAUUCCUAUGGUGGGGUGCUAGAGUUCACCAUACUUUAUGAGACAUCUGGUUACUCUCAUGAGACUCACCACAUGUCAGAACCUGAUGUCAUUCUACAGGGAGAGGGGCUCACCAUAGGUAAACGUGGCAUCUAUUAUAGGGAAGACCAGGAAAACAAGGUGACAGUCAACAUGACUGAGCAGAACUGGUUCGAACGGGACAACGUCACUGGCUACUUCUAUCAUCCAAUCACAAAAGCGGAUUUCAUGAUGGCUUUGUCCAAUCUGAAGAGCCUCCUUAUUCGGGCGUCCUACCACACAGGACAGACAGUGUCAAAGCUAAAAGAUGUAAAGUUGGAAGUUGCCAUGGAAACAGCUGAGGCUAGUGAUGAGCCAAUGGGGUCUGUGGAGAAAUGUGCAUGUCCUGAGGGGUACACUGGCAUGUCUUGUGAGAAAUGCGAGGUGGGAUACAGGAGAGUUAACAACACACUGAUGAGGGGAGAGUGUCGGAGAUGUGACUGUCAUGGUCAUGCCUCACACUGUGACCCUGUGACCGGGAUAUGUCAGAAUUGUGGAGACAAUACUGCUGGUGAUCACUGUGAACGUUGCAGGCUUGGAUUUUAUAGUAACUCGACAGCAGGAGACAGAGAUAGGUGCAAACCGUGUGGUUGCCCUCUGGUGGCAGCUUUCAAUAAGUUUGCCGUAGACUGUGUCAUGAAGGAAGAUAACUCUGAUUACGUCUGUGUGGGCUGUCAUACUGGACAUGUGGGACUUCAUUGUGAACUUUGUGAUGAUGGCUUCUUUGGCAACCCCCUAGUACCUGGCAACUAUUGUAAGCCAUGCCAGUGCAACAACAACAUAGAUCUCCAGGCUGUGGGAAACUGCGACACGCUGACAGGAGAGUGCCUGAAGUGUCUAGGUAACACUGAGGGGUUCAAUUGUGGCCAGUGUAAGCCCGGAUUCUUUGGGACAGCAGUAAAUAGAGACUGUAGAGCUUGCAACUGUGAGGAGACUGGGUCAGUGGGCCGUGAGUGUGACCAGAGGAGCGGUCAGUGUGUGUGUAAACCCCACUACAGUGGAAGGCACUGUGACCAGUGUGAGGUAGGUUUUGGCAAUGUUGAGGCAGGUUGCCUCCCUUGCAACUGCAGUAGUACUGGCUCCUUCCACCAGGUGUGUGACCCCAAGACUGGUCAGUGUGACUGUAAGGAUGGGGUAACAGGGUUGUCAUGUGACACCUGUCAAGAUGGACAUUAUGGGCUGUCUGAUUCGGGCUGUUUGGAAUGUGACUGUCAUGCCGAGGGCACUAACAGUAGUCUGUCAUGUGACCCGUCCUCCGGGCAGUGUCUGUGUUUACCUCACAUCACAGGACAAAGGUGUGAUGAGUGUCAGGAUGGUUUUUGGAAUUUGACAGCAGACACAGGUUGCGAGUCAUGUAACUGCCAUAGACAGGGAUCAUGGGAUAGCUCCUGUGAUCCAAUCACAGGCCAGUGUUCAUGCAAAGACGGCGUGGGUGGUAGGAAUUGUUCAAAGUGUGAACAGGGGUAUUACAGCUUCUCGUACAAGGGCUGUAGAGCCUGCCAGCCGUGUAAGUCUAAGCACCAUGUGUGUGACCCUGACACUGGUAACUGUGUGUGCCCAGAGAACACAGAGGGAGAGCAGUGUCAGAGCUGUGUCAGUAAUACCUGGGGGCUACAUCCUGUCAAGGGGUGCAAGCGGUGUGAUUGCCAUAAAUCUGGAUCCGUGAACAGCCAGUGUGACCAGCUCACUGGUCAGUGUCUCUGUAAGGAGGACUAUACUGGACAGAACUGUGACCGCUGUCAGUUUGGUUACUAUGGUUUCCCAAGCUGUCGCUCAUGUUUGUGUAACCAGAAUGGAACAUUGCCCACACAGUGUGAUGGGUCAGGUGCUUGUCAGUGUGACCAGACAGGGGCCUGUCUGUGUAAGCAAAAUGUGGAAGGCAGAAGAUGCAACCAAUGUAGAGCUGGUCACUUUGGUCUACUAGCAGAGAAUGUAAAUGGCUGUUCUAAAUGCUUCUGCUUUGGGAAGACAGACCAGUGUUCUCAGGCACUUUACUUCUGGAAAAAGGAGUACUGGGUAAUGGAGGGGCAGCCAAGCCAGUCUGUAAGCAGACCCAUGUUGAUGGCGGUUCUCUCUGACCUGGAGGAUGUAUACAUCCUAGCGGCUCCCUCAGCCUACAACUAUUAUGUCCAGCUCUUAGGGUUGUCCCUGGAGAUAGCAACUGAAGACAUGAGUGCUGGGUUAUCUGCCCUUGGCAUUGAGCUCUGUCAAUGUCCAGCCUUAUACAGUGGCUCCUCUUGUCAGCUUCCAGGUUCAGGUUUUUACAGAGACUCUUCCCAGGAUUCUGUAGACUGGUCAAACCUAUCUAACAUCACCCUGGGGAUGAGGCUGUGUGAAUGUAACAACCACAGUCACCAUUGUGAUCCGUACUCAGGGGGUUGUCAGUCAUGUUCACAUCAUACCACUGGUGCACAUUGUGAAAAUUGUGAAUCUGGUUACUAUGACAAUGGGCCGCGGAAUCAGCCAAAUUUCUGUGAGAGGUGUGCCUGUCCACUGAAGAUGAACUCAAACAACUUUAGCCCGACAUGUUAUAGUUAUGGAGAAGAUUAUGUCUGUAACAAUUGCUCUGAGGGAACUACGGGUCAACACUGUGAACGGUGCCUUCCUGGUUUCUAUGGUGACCCAACAGUGGAAGGUGACCGAUGUCAUCCAUGUACUUGUAACAUUGAUGGCGCUCUGAGUCGGACAUGUGAUCCCGUCUCAGGACAGUGUCGCUGUCGGCCUGGCCUCAGUGGAAGGUCAUGUGAUCAAUGUAGACCUAGGCACGCUCUCAUUGGUGGCCGAUGUAAACCUUGUGAUGAGGGCUGCACAGGUAUACUGAUGGCCGAGUCAGACCUACUGGAUGUCUCCCUGGCUGAAGUCCUGAAGGUCAACCUGACUGAUCUCCCACCCCCAUUUCUCAGAGCAGAGCAUAUCCUGAACAUCACCAGAGAUUUACAGGUGAAGUUGGCUGCUGCUGAGAUGGCGGAGUUGUUCCCCUUGACUGACCUUAUAAAAGACGCAGAGGAUAAUGUGACAGCUCUGCUAGUUUGGGCUGAAGAUGCUAUAAAGCAGGGUGCCCAAGAUAGUAACAACAGUGCCCUGCUGAUAACUGAAGCCACUAACACCCAGUCUGCUGUCACCGAGCUGCUUGUCCAGUUACAGGGUGAUAUUCAGAGUUUGGAUGGCCUGGUGGAAAAGCUGUUACUGAACGGCUCAGGCUUGAAUCUGACUGCAGCUCUCCCUCAAGCUCGCAGCCUCCUCUCACUGAUACUGAACAAGACAUUUAAGGUGUAUGACAAGGCAGCAAACAAAGAGAUGGGAUUAGCUAAAGACACACUGAUGAAUGCCAAAGGAUUAGAAAAGAGUGAAUUUAAUAUUUCUGCUCUGGAGUCUUCCUUGAAACAGCUACGUGAUCAACUGAAUAACCUGCAAACCCUGUUAAAUGAGUCAGCUUAUGGCCGAUUGGCUGCAGACGACCUGAACUUAGAUAGUGGAAUAGUCUACAAUAAAACUAAGAGAAUACAUUCACAGCUUGAGGGAAAUUUGACUGAUGUGAAUACACUCUUUGAUGACAGCAAGUUUUACAAGAACGAAGGAGAAAGACUGGUGGCUGAAGCAGUUGUCGAUUUGGAGUCGUCUGAGAAGAAACUAGACAUAUUGCGUACAGCCUCUGACCAGUUGGAUGUGAAAGGGGAGGUAAUCAGUACAGAACUGGAGCGUUCCCAUCAGCUGGUGAAUCAGUCGUGGGAGCAUGCUUAUCGUCUCCUGGAACUCGCCCAAACUCUCAACAGGACAUUUUCAGGGACCAGAGCAGAGGCAGCUGACCCUCUCCAGGCUGCGGGAGUUUACAAAAACAUCGUCCUGGCUGUGGAGAAUGCUCGGGAAGCUGCUAACAAAGCAGUAGAGGAGUCUGAACAUAGCCUUUCCAUGGCAAAGAACAAGAGUUUACAAAGAGAGGUGGAGGAAUCAGUGAGACGAAGUGAAGAGUUGACAGAAGAGGAAAGAGAAAUUGUGAAAGGAAUAUCAGGCCUGCAGGAUCGCCUGGGGGACGUAACUGAGGACCUGGUUCCGGUGGGGAGGCAGCUGAACUCAUCGGAGGAGGAGAUGAGGCUGAUAGAGGGACAGAAGGACAAGCUGGGACAAGGUUUUCCCGAGAAGGUUAAGGAAUUAGAUGAGCGAAUCUUGGCUGUGAUACAAUCAGCAAACUUCACCGCCAUCAGAGCUGACGCUAAAGCCGCUAAGGUUUACCAGGAGCUCAUCCCAUUCCUGUUAACAGUGCAUCCUAAAACUGUCCUUGAGAAGCUGGGCUAUAUCAACCAAACAGUGGAGAGUUCCCAUGACCAUAUCCUGAGGAUAGAAAACCUGACCAACUGGCUGAACACGAAACUGGACAACAUCACCAGACUGAAAUCAAACCUGUCUAAUAAAAUACUGGCCCUGAAGGACAAGAUCAAACUGGCAAGGGCAGAAGCAAAUAAUGUUAAAGCCUCUUUGUCAGCAUCAGGGAGCUGUGUGAGGUCAUACCGGGCCCCAGAUCAUGCUGGGACCACCAAUACCAUCUCCUUCAACUUCCACACCAACAGUACAGGGCAGGACAUGCUGCUACUCCUGGUACAGAACUCUCCCAAUGAGUAUCUGGCCGUGGAGCUUAAGAACGGCAAGGUUCAAUUCAGCUGGAAUGUUGGGGGAGGUCCAGGCAGAGUUAUCCACCCUGAGCCCUUGGAGGACACGACUGGAGGCAGCUCUUCGUCAGAGAGAUGGUACCAUGUAGAGGUCAUAAGGAUUGGGCGCUUAGCUUUGCUCAAAGUCAAAGCACUGUUUGGUCUUCAAAUUCUUUCAGAGGAUGUGGAGUUGUCAGGUACCUCACCCCCAGGCUUCUCUCUCCUUACCUUUGGUAACUCCUCUCAGCUGUAUGUGGCUGGUGUACCUGCUGAUUACCAGACACCACAAGGUGUAUCCAGUCAGAACUUUACAGGAUGUAUAGGUGAUGUGUUCUUCAACCAUCAGAGGAUUGGCCUGUUCAACUUCAGAACAUCCUCAGAGUUCUGCUCAGCUUGUCUCCAGGCGCCCUCAGUCUCUCCACCUGUCUCGGGAGUGUACCAAUUUGAUGGAGCGGGUUACGCUGCACUGCCAGGGUUCGAGCCCUACAGUAGCACUCGCUAUGUGAUCUCGCUGGAGUUUAGAACAGUGUGGGAAAAUGCCCUUCUCUUCCUGUCUGCUAACCCUGACUCGGGAGACUACUUGUCCCUGGAGCUGCGUGAUGGACGGCUGAUGUUCCAGUUCUACUUGGGUGGGAACAGCCUGGGCAUCCUUACCAGUAAGAGGCAGUACAACAUCAACAGCUGGGUCAGCGUGACGGCUGGGCGACAAAACCUCAGAGGGCUGUUGGAGGUCAGUGUGAAGAGUGACAGUAAUAACUUUGAGACAAUCAACGGACUAGCGCUGCCAGGAAACAAAGGUCUGGAGCUGAUGGAUAGAACGCUGUACUUCGGGGGAAUACCUGACAGCUUUUACCUGCCCAGAGCCCCAUACAUUUCACGCAAGAAGCGACAAUUAUCAAAGCGACAGAUCGGGAGUGAGCGAAGUGCGAUUGAUGUAGAGACAAGUCCAUUCCUGGGUUGUAUGCAGAAUGUUCAGAUCGGAUCCAGACAGCUGAACCCUGUGGACCUCCUUGAUGGGGACAGUGUGGGUGUGACAGAGGGAUGCAGAACUGUGGGUGAGAGACUGGUUGGUUUCCUUGGUGAUGGUUACAUGGAACUAAUGGGGUACAGUCUGUGGAAGGGGUCUGCGGAUGUGUCCUUGACCUUCAGAACACUGUAUCCUGAAGGGGUGCUGCUCCUAGCUACUGGGCAGGAUCAACAGCACUUCUAUUCCCUGGCACUGGUGAAUGGUCUGUUACAAGCUCGGAUCAGUGGGGGGUCAGGGGUUGUCGUCUUGACUGCAGAGAAAAAUUACACUGAUGGUGAGCCUCACAACGUGGCGCUUCUCAAAUAUGACAGGAAUCUAGAGCUGCUGGUGGAUGAUGUCUUGGUGGAGGAGGGAGAACUGCCUGUGGGCAGCGGGGAAAUCCGGGUACCCACUGACUCUGGGCUCUACAUCGGGGGUGUGCACCCUGGGGUGGACACGCUAGGCAAAGUGGGCACCAGUAAGGGGUUUCGGGGCUGUGUCAGCGAUAUUGUCAUAAACAGAGGGUUGUUGUUGUUGGACCAUCCAGUCAGCUACAAGCUGGCAGACAUAGGCCGUUGUAGCGCAGCAGCAAUGGCAUCAAUAUUUGCACCCAUUGGAGUGACACGAAGGCCUUCAGUCUGGCCAGGUUUGGGUACGUCCCAAACAGGACCGUUCCCUAGUGUUACCAGAUCUCCAGUAAGGGGUGAGAUCACUGGUGGUGUCAGUGUGGGGACAACUCCUAGGGAUUCUGUUGGGAAUAUUACAUCACCAGGGAUGGUCAGCACAAGUUCAACCCAUGUGUUUCCAUGGUUACCACCUGAAGCUUCUACAACAACUAUGACCAGGACAUCUCGAAGAACCACAGGCGCCAUUUUGCCACCUUGGUUCGUUACAAAAUCUUCUUCUGUUUCUCCAACAUCAGAAGAUGGGCCGUCAUCUGAAGGUGUUCAGACUGAAGCAAGUACUGUCAAGUUGCCAUCUACAGAUGAUAGCUUGACAUCUGUUGUUAUUUUUCCUGGAGGGACUGCAACAGUGGUACAUGGCAGCUCAGAUUCUGUCGGGACCCCAUCUGCAAAAACAACCUCCCCCACAUUCACAAAACCAUUUUCCCCAACAUUCACAAAACUAACCUCCUCCACAUCCACAAAGCCAUUCUCCUCCACAGCCACAAAACCAACCUACCACACAUCCACAAAACCACGUUCAUCCACAUCCACAAAACCACGUUUAUCCACAUCCACUAAACUUGGUACCAGGACUACGGAUGACAAGCUACCUGUGUCAACUACAUCACCUUACACCACAACAACACGUUUUACAGGUGUCAUUUGGACAGACAGACCAUGGACUUCCCCUCGUUCCUCUCCACAGUACACAGAUGGUCAAUGGUCGACUGGGACAGCUCAGCAUUCUACCACGACUGGGUACAGUGUCCUUAUUCCAGGGGAGACUACUGAGGACAGUACAGGAGAGGAAGGGAUUGCAACAACAGCAGGAUUGCAACCAGAUGUCACUGUGAGUUCAACCGAAGAAGUGACAUCAGGCGAAAUGCCUACCUCUUCAGGAGAGGAGGUCAAUGGGACCAUUGUGAUCCUCCCACCUGGAGAAGGGGAAAGGGAGACAACUCAGAAACCUACAGACAGUGGUGCUGUGGUAGAGAUACCCUACUCAUCUACAGAACCUGCACCAAUCUUACCUAAAACUGCUCCCACUCAGGAAUUCGGAACAUCGGGAACAACCAAAGAAGGGGCGAUUGUGGACGGGGUCUCUCUAAAACCCUCUUCAGAGAAACCCGAAGUGGAGUCCACAUCCAUCACACAAGUCACACCAUCGAAGGAGCUUACAACCCCGGCAAUACUCACAGAUACGAUUUCUGUCACUCCAGAAGGCACUGAUGAGACUACCAGUUCGUCAGAGAUUGAGCCAACAUCAACAUCCAGAAUCAUAAUCCUGCCCACCUCUGAGCAGCCAUACUCGACAUUGUCAUCCUCUACAAGCACUGUGCCAUCUGUCACCAUUGUCGGUGUCACACCUGAGACAGUGUCAACUCCUACAACAAGGGAGAUAACCACUCCUACCACCACUGCCGCGCCGACGUCUCCCCCUACCACUUGUGCAGAGGGAGAUGAGUAUGGGCUGGAAGCCGACAGCAUCUCGUUUGGCAACACUCCCACUAGUUAUGCAGAAAUAAAGGUCCGCAGGAGAGCUGUCCGCAAAGAUUUCGAAGUCACCUUUGAUUUCCGCUCGUUCUCUCCUGACGGGAUGUUUUUCUACCUCACAAAUGCUCAGCAGACACACUUUGUAGCAGGACAGCUAAAGGCUGGACAGGUGGUAGUGACGUACAACGACAGACGCGGAAUUCCGCUAAGAAUCCUAACCUCGCAGAAAUACAGUGAUGGCAACUGGCAUUCUGUCCGUAUAGAGAAAGGCUUGAGGGAGAUCUCCCUGGAGGUGGACAAGGGUCCAGUUCUGAGAGGUGGAAUCCCUCGUCGUCUCAAUGUCACUGCCCCCAUGUAUGUGGGUGGACUGCCAAGGGAGUACAAGGUCAGACAAGGACUGGUGUCACACAGUGUCAGAGGCUGUCUGCGGAGGUUCAUAGUCAAUGAUGGACUUUUCCACCUGAAGAAUGCCUCAGUGGUCAGCGGGGUGGGGCCGUGUUACUCUAAGGUGGAAAGAGGGGCCUACUUCAAUGGUUACUCCUACGGAGUCUUUGACCAACACUUCAAUCUGGGCAGAGCUAUGCUAAUCAUCCUUUCUUUCCGUACCCACAAACCUAACGGGGUCCUGUUAACAGUGAGUAGCUAUGAGGGGUCUCCUGCCCUGGCAUUAGAACUUCACAAGGGAAAGCUUAAGUUCAGCAUGAGGGGUAGUGCCGGGGUGUUCUCAGCCGAGAGUCAGUACGACACAGAUUUCGCACUCUGUGACCAGCGAUGGCACGUCGUCAAGGCGGAGGUGAUUCAGCGGGUUAUUACGCUGCGUGUAGAUGAGGGAAAUGUGUCUUAUGCCUUCGACCAAUCAGCCACAAGACCCAAGGAAUCAAAGCAUCCUCUCUUUAUCGGUGGAUUCCCAGAGUAUGCCUUACCCCAAGCAGCAUCUUUUAGUCAGACAAAUUUUGAGGGGUGUAUGAAGAAUCUGUUCAUCAAUGGUUUACCUGUAAACUGGCACACUCUGCUUCAGUCUGUAGAGAUUAACAAAGUGUCCUGCCCUGUGUUAUGAUAUCUGAUCUGAUCUCUUCCUAAAUAUGCAAAAAUACUUGUCUUAUGAAUAUACCUGAAUUGACCAUUUGUGAGAUUAUUGGCCAAAUUUGGUGAAAAUGAAAGAAAAAAGAAAGUUAGUGUUUGUACCAUACAUAUAUGUACCUAGUCAGUGGUAAUUGUUUGUGGGUUAGAUCACAGUUAGUGAAAACUGUUCAUUCAUCAAUUCUUAGAUGAGGAUUGCCCUGACAGUCAGCAAUACUUGUGUUGAGGCAAACCAAUGUUACUUUUUAUGCUCCUACAGACGAGCC